AUGGCAAACAACGGCAACCCCCCACCGAUGGCACCCAAGGAGGCCACCGCCAAACCUCAAACCCGCACCCGCCACAUCAACCACAUUGAUCGUCAAGAUCUCUACACCGACCUCGAGGCCAGGAUUCGUUAUCUCCACAGCUUCCUUGAUUUCAACAGUGGCGAUAUCGAGGCCCUCAUUACCGGCUCGAAAUACGUAAAGGCCCUCAUCCCCGCCGUCGUCAACAUCGUCUACAACAAACUCCUGUCUUACGACAUCACAGCCCGCGCAUUCACUACGCGAAGCACGAGUUUCGAAGGUCCUCUCGAUGAACAGCCCGAUGAGAACAGCCCCCAGAUUCUUCACAGGAAAAUGUUCCUGAGGGCGUAUCUGAGCAAGCUCUGCACAGACCCGUCGAGGAUGGAAUUCUGGGAAUACCUCGACAAAGUUGGCAUGAUGCACGUCGGUCUUGGUCGCGCCCAUCCCCUUCACGUCGAGUACAUCCACCUCGGCGCCUGUCUCUCCUUCAUCCAAGACAUUCUCACCGAGGCAAUUCUCUGCCACCCCCGCCUUCACCUCCAACGCAAGAUCGCCCUCGUCAAGGCCAUUGGCAAGGUCAUCUGGAUCCAGAACGAUCUCAUGGCCAAGUGGCACGUCAAGGACGGCGAGGAGUUCAUCCAGGAGAACGCCGAGAUCGUCAUCGAAAAGGAAGGCUACCUACACGGAAAGAAGAUGCUCGACGAGGAAGAUAUGGCUGAACCGGUCGGAGCGCCGACCACGUGUCCAUUCAGUGGGAUGGCGAAGGGCAUGUAA